AUGUCAGAAGGGCUAUUGGUGACAGGAAAAGGUUCUAAAGAGUUAGCUGGUGGAAAGAGACUGCACGUAAUUGUCGCUAUAGCUUACGGGAAAGGUGUGGUUCUCAAAGUUCCCUAUGAGAAAAUGAAUGGCAAUUUCUUUGCAGAGUUCAUUGGAAAGCAUAUUAAUACUUGUAAAAAUGAUCGUCGCCUGUUUCUCAUGGAUAAUGACCCAUCACAAACGAGUAAAGCAGCACGAAAAUCACUGGAAAAAGUCGAGGACGAACUUCACAAGAUUCCAGCAAGAUUGCCUGACCUGAAUCCAAUUGAAAAUGUCUUUCACUUGGUAAAGAAUAGUCUCGAGAAUGAAGCAAUUGCUAAUAAUAUAAUGUCGGAAACGUUCCAAGACUUUACAGCGCAGGUUUUAAAAUCCAUGAAAAAUCUGUCAACUGAUGUAAUCGAUCGUACUAUUCCAAGCCUGUCAAGUUAA